AUGGCAGGCUACUUGAAGAAGAUUGGUAUUAAUUGCGAUAUGGGCGAGGGAUUUGGGAAGUGGAAAAUGGGUCCAGAUGCCGAGCUCAUUAAGCUCAUAGAUUACGCAAACAUUGCCUGCGGUUUUCACGCUGGAGAUCCGACUCUCAUGCUGAAUACUAUCCGACUAGCCAAGGCACAUGGGGUCAAGAUCGGUGCUCACCCGGGGCUACAAGACCUUCUCGGCUUUGGACGGCGAAAGAUAGAGGUUCACCCAGACGACAUGUACGCCAUGAUACUCUAUCAAGUAGGCGCACUGAAAGCGAUGCUGGACGCAGAAGGUGUACCCCUAAAUCAUAUAAAACCACACGGCGAGCUAUUCUUCUACAUGCAACGAGACCUAAGUAUCAUGGAUGCCGUCCUGCGCGCAUGUGCCGUCUUCGGUGUACCGGUCUUUGGGUCUAAGGGCACAGAGCAUCAAGCCGCCAUGUGCGAGAAAUACGGGCUUCUCUUCAUCGAGGAAGCUUACACCGAUCUCCAGUACAACAAAGACAAGAAACUAAUGCCAGCCAGCGAGAGCAAGAUGGCAACGGUAGAUGAUGUCUACUCAAGAACCCUUUCUAUUGGCUUAGAAGACACUGUGGCGGACAACGAGGGGUCGAUAUUCAAGAUUGGGUUCAACGGCGAACCUUUCCUGUUCUGCAUUCAUUCGGAUAUGCCAUCUGCCCUCGAGAACGCCAAGGCCUGUCGAAAGGGGAUUGAUGAGAUUAAUGCUAAGAGAGGUUGGUAG